AUGUUGGACCUCAAACAUCCGCCAUGGUCCCUCUACAUGGACCAGAACAUGGUCCUUCUACAUGGACCAGAACAUGGUCCCUCUACAUGGACCAGAACAUGGUCCCUCUACAUGGACCAGAACAUGGUCCCUCUACAUGGAUCAGAACAUGGUCCCUCUACAUGGACCAGAACAUGGUCCCUCUACAUGGAUCAGAACAUGGUCCCUCUACAUGGACCAGAACAUGGUCCUUCUACAUGGACCAGAACAUGGUCCCUCUACAUGGACCAGAACAUGGUCCCUCUACCUGGACCAGAACAUGGUCCCUCUACAUGGAUCAGAACAUGGUCCCUCUACAUGGACCAGAACAUGGUCCAAGAGACGCUGAAGGACCUUCAGACCAAACCAAGGACCAGUCAGAAGAUCCAGAGGUCCAGAGAAGGUCUCAAAGAAGACUCUGAAGAGAACCUCAAACCAGACCCUUCAGGGUACAGAGAGACCAGAGUACUGAUGGAAGAACCGUUCUUUUGACUGAAUCUUUAGAAUCAUUAAAACGAUUCGUUCAAAAGAUUCGUUCAAAAGAUUCGUUCACUGAAUCAGUCCUUGUUUCGGAGCCCCGCCCUGUCGCUGCAGUAAAACCAGUGAGUGACUCAGCGGCGAGUUCGUUCAUUAGCCCCUCCCCUCUCCUGCUGCUGAAGUCACAGCGUCGUUCACUGGGUGACUCAUAUUCGUUCAUCAAGUCCUGAAGGAAGAAUCACCCCCCCGCCCUGAAAAACUCACCUCUCUGUGUCUCCGAGCAGCACGCCGCUAAACGAGCGCGAGUCGUCGUUCUUUUAUAUGUCGGAAAAGUGGCGAGAUUAAAGAUAAAGAUGUCAGCUGUAGCGAGGAUUCAGAGACUUUUAAAGAUAUCAAAUAUCGUAUUUCUUUAAAUCGUCUGAAAUUAAAUCAGGAAAGUUUAAACUCGUGUUUUAAUGUAAAGGCGCCAUAAUGACCUGAUUUAUCUCAGUCAACCAACCGCUGCUCAACAGGAAGUGAACCACGCUAAACCCCUCCCUCCUGCGCCUGAAUAAAGUCGUUCAGAAGUCGUUCGUUUCGUUCACAGUCUGACUGAUUCAUGUCGUUCAUUCGCUGUGAGUAAAUCACAAGACUCCGCCCACUCGCUGUCUGUCUGUGUGUCGUACUUCAAAGAGUCAAAUGCGUCACUUCCUCUCCUGACCGACACGCCAGGAACUGAGAGAGGAACCGUUCAGGUCUCAGAGUGAUUCAGUUCACCUCAGCAGUUCUUUUGAACGGAUCGUUCAUGAACGACACAAACACAAAGGGUUCAGAGCGGGUCCUGGGGCGAUGGUGGUCCGUGGACUUGGAGAGCCGGGUCAGGAUGGAUUGAGACCAGACUCUGAAAGGGUUACAGACCCAGACCCAGAUCCAGAUCCAGGUCACAGUCCUCCUGGUUAAUCAGGAUCAGCUGUGACCCCCCCUCAGCUGUCUCUGGGUUUGUUCAGGUCCUGACUGCAGUCCCUGGUCUCUGCUCCAGUCUUUGAGGGGUUCUUUUAG